GCUAUAGGCUAGGUCAGUAAGGUCAAGUUCAACACCAAAAACACAGGUCACGUACUAACAGGUCAACAAAAGUAAAUAGAUCAGAGGAACGGAACGGCUGAAUCAUGAAUGCAGAAACUUUUGAUAUUCCACGAAUAUCAGCUCCAUCUGACCAGGACUUUAGAACAAACUACCUGCGAAAAGGUGUUCCAGUUGUUAUAACAGAUGUAGCAGACAAAUGGCCUGCAUCACAAUGGACUCUAGAUGAGCUUUCAAGAAAGGCGGGACAUAAUAAGGCAUUUAUUAGGCAACAAACUGACAAGGAAUCAUAUAAGGUUGGUAAAUCAUACAGCAUAAGGGAAAGUCCCUUGAGGGAAUAUAUAGAUGACAUCAGAGCUGAAAACAGCAGAGCAAGGAGUUCUUACCUGGCGGUGCAGAAUAUUCGCAGCACAUUUCCUGAGUUAGAGACUGAUAUCGACAUACCUGGAUAUGUUGAAAAGUUACAUGGCGGUCCAUAUCUCUGGAUUGCCAUGAAAGGACAUUAUGAAUUUUGUCACUUUGAUCCAGAUGAUGGUCUUCUUGUCAUCUUGAAUGGUUCUAAGAGGGUCAAGCUAUAUGGGUGUGACAUUCAACCUUUGUACCCUAACCCGCUGGGGUCAAGAGGUCGUACUAUUCAGGCACAGGUCAACUGCGAUACACCGGACCUAAAAGCUUUUCCCAAGUUUAAAGGGGUGCAGUGUCACCAGUGUACUCUGAAUGCUGGAGAAAUGUUAUUUAUUCCUGCUUUCUGGUGGCAUCAAGUGACUUCUCUAGAAAUGACUAUCUCUAUCAAUUUCUUCUAUGGGGAUGCUGGAGAUAAUAUCUACCUAACAAAGAUUAUGGAGCCCAUGAGAUGGCAGGCCUUCUCCCACUGGUUCCUCAACAUCGUGGAGCAGAACAGACCGUUUGAGUCCUUCCAGCGAGUCCUGGAGAACCUCCCAGAUAGCCUUAGGAGCUUCUUUCUCAAGACAUGGCAUGAGAAACCAUCACAGGACCAGCAAGAUAGACUAGUGAAACUGGUCCUGGAACACCUUAACUUGGACUCUAUCCCCACAGGUUCAGUACGGACUAGUAAGCACCCGCCGGUGAUGAAAAUCAGGGGUCUACUCUGGCGGAAAUGAAAGAUUAUUGACUAAUUAAGAGAGGCAAUGUUAGCAUUGUCUGGUCCUAUAACUCUUC